CUCCUCUGCGGUGACAUUGGAUUUAGAGCCGCGAACUAAAGAACCCGCGAACGCAGCCUCCGAGUCCCGCAGCCGCCCCAUCCCGCCGCCGCCGCCAUGCUCCGCAUGAUCCUCAACCAGGCCAAGAAGCACCCGAGCUUGAUCCCCCUGUUUGUGUUCAUCGGAGCCGGGGGCACCGGGGCCACGCUGUACGUGCUGCGCCUGGCGCUCUUCAACCCCGAUGUCAGUUGGGACAGAAAGAAUAACCCAGAACCUUGGAACAAAAUGAAUCCCACUGAUCAGUACAAGUUCUAUUCAGUCAAUGUGGAUUAUAGCAAACUGAAGAAAGAAGGCCCAGAAUUCUAAGUGAAAACGAUGCUUUCUUGACUGAGAAUGAAGGUCUUCCACAAGCCAUCCGCACAAUUCUUUACACAACUAGGAAAUGUUGAUUUUCCCCUUAAUGCAUGAAAUCAUGUUGAGUUUAACAGACAAAUAAAGAUGUGAAACUUGA